ACCUGGGUGUUCAAAAUGAUGAUUUAUGACUCGUCCCCCCCUCCCACUUGGCAGCGGGUCGACCAGUCCUGAUCGCGCGCGAAACUCCCCGCCCGCUCGCGCCGCUGUUUUCCGCCCGGAGCCGGGAACCGCCGCCCCCUUUCCCCCCAACUCCACCCGCCGGCCGGCCGGCCCGCUCCAUCCGCCCGCCCGCCCGCGAUGCCAGCCCGGACCAGCGGCAGUGCCGCCGCAUCCUCCCUGCCCGAGGACAUCAGGAAGCGACUUCAAGUGCUUGAGGAUAAAGUUGAUCUCUCCGAGAAGGAAUGUAUAAAAGAAAAGCUGAGUUUACUACAUAGCUUCUUACAAACAAAUACACAAAAUGACCUCAGUGAACUGGAAACAAAACUUCAGAGAGAGGAACUCUCUGAGGAGGGUUACCUGGCCAAAGUGAAAGCGCUGCUCAAUCAGGAGCUUUUUGAAGGGAAUGGAGACUCUGCGCCUGGAAUCAAUUCAAAUGGUUGCUCUGAGAAUGGGGCUUCAGACAGUGAUAAAAAUGAGACCAAUGGAGUGGUUGAUGAGCCAAAUGGUCAAGAGGAAAGCAAUAUGGAGACCGAGGUGAUGGUUUUCCCGACUGCAAAGAGUCGUGGGAAGCGGCUGAGUAAAUCCAAUGGCGAUAACAAACGUUUAUCAGGAUCUCCAAGGGUCACCAGGAAUUCAGUCAAGCAGCAAACUACAAUCAUCUCCAUGUUUGCUAAGGCGGCAAAUAAGCGCAAGUCAGAGGAUCUAAAUGAACUAGAAGUAACAAAUGUUAAAGAAGAGGAAUCUGAUGACCAGAGGGAACUGGAUGAAAAGAGAAUUAAAGUGGAAUCUGAGCAAAAGCUACCUGCUGGGAGUGAAGCUACUUCCAAACCCAAAGCUGUGCAAACUCCUAAGACUCCACCUCCCAAAUGCACAGACUGCAAGCAGUUCUUGGAUGACGCAGAUCUCAAGUACUUCCAGGGCGAUCCCGAUGAUGCACUGGAAGAGCCCGAGAUGCUGACCAAUGAGCGUUUGUCACUAUUUGAAGGAACAAAUGAUGAAGGGUUUGAGAGUUAUGAUGACCUGCCUCAACAUAAAGUUACCUUCUUCAGUAUUUAUGAUCGAAAAGGCCACCUAUGUCCUUUUGAUACUGGUCUGAUUGAAAAAAAUGUGGAGUUGUACUUCAGCGGUGUGGUGAAACCAAUCUAUGAUGACAAUCCUAGCCUUGAUGGUGGAGUCAGAGCGAAGAAACUAGGACCAAUAAACGCUUGGUGGAUAACUGGUUUUGAUGGUGGUGAAAAGGCUUUGAUUGGGUUCACUACAGCAUUUGCUGACUAUAUACUGAUGGAUCCCAGUGAUGAAUAUGCAGCCAUUUUUGCUGUGAUGCAAGAGAAAAUCCACAUCAGUAAGAUAGUCAUCGAGUUUUUGCAGAAUAAUCCUGAUUCCACCUAUGAAGAUCUUCUGAAUAAGAUAGAAACAACAGUGCCUCCUGCUGGGUUGAGUUUUUCUCGCUUCACUGAGGAUUCCCUCCUGAGACAUGCUCAGUUUGUAGUGGAACAAGUGGAGAGUUACGAUGAGGCUGGAGAUGCAGAUGAGCAGCCGAUUAUCAUUACUCCGUGUAUGAGAGACCUAAUCAAACUGGCAGGUGUCACCCUUGGAAAAAGACGCGCAGCAAGACGACAGGCUAUACGUCACCCCACCAAGAUCGAUAAGGACAAAGGGCCCACCAAAGCAACCACCACUAAGCUGGUAUAUCAAAUUUUCGAUACAUUCUUUUCUGAGGAAAUCGAUCAGAAUGACAAAGAGAAUGGUCCAAAGCGCAGGCGCUGUGGAGUAUGUGAGGUUUGCCAACAACCCGACUGUGGAAAAUGCAGAGCUUGUAAAGACAUGGUGAAGUUUGGAGGAAAUGGUCGCAAUAAACAGGCCUGUUUGCAGAGAAGGUGUCCAAAUCUGGCUGUGAAGGAGGCUGAUGAUGAUGAAAAUGAUGAAGAUGAUUCUGAGAUAAUUGACAAAGCUUCUCCCAAAAGAAUGUUGCAGGGCAGGAAAAAGAAGCAGUCUAAGAGCCGCAUCUCCUGGAUUGGAGAGGCGAUCAGGGCUGAUGGGAAGAAAACAUAUUACCAGAAGGUGUCUGUUGACGAUGAAGUUCUGGAGAUUAGUGACUGUGUGGCUGUUAGCCCCGACGACCCAAGCAAACCCCUUUACUUGGCAAGAAUCACAUCCAUGUGGGAAGACAACAAUGGGAAGAUGUUCCAUGCAAAUUGGUUUUGCCGUGGUACUGACACUGUGUUGGGUGAGACGUCUGACCCUCUUGAGCUCUUUCUGGUGGAUGAGUGUGAAGACAUGCAACUGUCUUAUGUAGACAGCAAAGUUAAGGUCAUCUACAAGGCUGCUUCAGAGAAUUGGGCAUUAGAGGGUGGAAUGGAUGAAGGUUUUGAACUGAAGAUGGUUGAAGAUGAUGGGAAGACCUAUUUCUACCAGAUGUGGUACGACCCAGAGUAUUCACGAUUCCAGACUCCUGUAAAAUGUGAGCCAACUGAGGAGAAUAAACAUAAAUUCUGUGACAGCUGUGCUCGUUUGGCUGACAUAAGACAAAAAGAGAUGCCACGAAUUCUUGAAGCACUGGAUGUGAAAGAUGACUCCAAGGUUUUCUACUCAUUGGCUUCUAAGAAUGGAACGCACUAUAGAGUUGGAGAUGGUGUUUACCUGCUACAAGAUGCAUUUUCCUUCAGUGUGAAACCGUCCAGCCCUGGCAAGCGACCAAUAAAAAAAGAUGAUGUGGAUGAAGACCUCUACCCUGAAUACUACCGCAAAUCCUCUGAUUAUAUUAAAGGCAGCAACCUAGACGCACCUGAUCCAUUCCGAAUUGGCCGCAUUCAAGAAAUCUUCUGUCACAAGCGUAGUAACGGAAAACCCAAUGAAGCAGAUAUUAAGCUGCGUAUCAAUAAAUUCUAUAGGGCUGAGAACACGCACAAAGGUCUUAAAGCCAGUUACCACACUGAUAUCAACUUGUUGUAUUGGAGUGAUGAAGAAGUGAUUGUGGAUUUCAAAGAUGUCCAGGGACGCUGUACUGUGGAAUAUGGAGAAGAUCUUACUGUGUCCAUUCAGGAGUUUUCUGCUGGAGGAUCGGACAGAUUCUAUUUCUUAGAGGCUUACAAUGCAAAAUUAAAAACAUAUGAAGAUCCACCAAACCGUGCCCGCAGUUCAGCAAACAAAGGCAAGGGGAAAGGGAAAGGCAAAGGAAAAGGAAAGGCAAAAUCUACAGCUGAGCCUGAACAGACUGAGCCUGAGACAGACAACAAAUUGGAAAAGUUGCGAAGUCUUGAUGUUUUCUCAGGUUGUGGGGGUCUCUCUGAAGGAUUUCAUCAGGCAGGUAUUUCAGAGACUUUGUGGGCUAUUGAGAUGUGGGAUCCAGCAGCACAAGCAUUCCGCUUGAACAAUCCUGGUGCUACUGUUUUCACUGAGGACUGCAAUGUUCUCCUGAAACUUGUCAUGGCUGGGGAGAAGACCAAUUCCCUUGGCCAGAAGCUGCCACAGAAGGGUGAUGUGGAGUUGCUCUGUGGUGGGCCCCCAUGUCAAGGUUUCAGUGGAAUGAAUCGCUUCAAUUCCCGCACUUACUCCAAAUUCAAGAACUCCCUGGUUGUCUCUUAUCUCAGCUAUUGUGACUAUUACCGGCCCAGGUUCUUCCUGUUGGAGAAUGUGAGGAACUUUGUUUCAUUCAAGCGCUCCAUGGUUCUGAAGUUGACCCUUCGGUGUCUGGUGCGAAUGGGUUAUCAAUGCACGUUUGGUGUAUUACAGGCCGGGCAGUAUGGAGUUGCUCAGACCCGUCGGCGAGCUAUCAUUCUGGCUGCAGCCCCUGGAGAGAAGCUGCCACUGUUCCCGGAGCCUUUACAUGUCUUUGCACCCAGGGCCUGUCAACUCAGUGUGGCUGUGGAUGAUAAGAAAUUUGUCAGCAAUAUUACCAGGAUAAGGUCUGCUCCAUUCAGAACCAUCACUGUAAGAGAUACCAUGUCCGAUCUGCCUGAAAUCCGUAAUGGAGCCUCUGCAUUGGAAAUAUCCUACAAUGGUGAACCACAGUCCUGGUUCCAGCGACAGAUUCGGGGCACACAAUACCAGCCCAUUCUGCGGGAUCACGUCUGCAAGGAUAUGAGUGCCUUAGUGGCAGGCAGAAUGCGGCACAUCCCCCUUGCUCCAGGGUCAGACUGGCGUGAUCUUCCCAACAUUGAAGUGCGCCUUUCAGAUGGCACCACUACCAAAAAGCUAAGGUACACACACCAUGACAAAAAGAAUGGACUUAGCAGCGCUGGCAUGCUGCGGGGAGUGUGCUCUUGUGCAGAAGGUAAACAGUGUGAGUCAGCUGACAGGCAGUUCAACACACUCAUUCCUUGGUGUCUCCCCCACACUGGGAACAGGCACAAUCACUGGGCUGGCCUGUAUGGUAGGCUGGAGUGGGAUGGAUUUUUCAGUACAACAGUCACCAAUCCAGAACCUAUGGGUAAACAGGGCCGUGUGUUACAUCCUGAACAGCACCGUGUAGUGAGUGUUAGAGAAUGCGCACGCUCCCAGGGAUUCCCAGAUACAUACAGGCUAUUUGGAAACAUUUUGGACAAGCAUAGACAGGUUGGCAAUGCAGUACCACCUCCUCUGGCUAAAGCUAUUGGUCUGGAAAUUAAGCUGUGUAUGAUUGAAAAGAUGAAAAAGAACACAGCAGAGCCUGUCAAAGUGGAGACUAUGGACACUACCGACUAAUUCUCACCUUCAGCUUGAUGUUCCCAGACUGUUCGUGCACAAAAUAUCCUGUGAAUAUUCAGUGAAACAAUGUCUUUUUUUAACUGGCUGGCAUGGAGUUGCCACUGAAGAUGUAACAUUGUUUUUAGUUAAUGAACAUUUUUCUCAAUUGUGCAGUGCUGUCAUGCAUUGUGGAUUUUAACAUGGUUUUAAAUGCGCAGUAUUUGAAUAAUUGCCCACUUUCUGCAGUGGUAAUUCAUAUGUUUAAUAAACCUGUAGUUUUUA